CAGGUGUUAGAAGUCAAUUGGCGUUGUGGUGUACCGUCACACAGCUAGCUACAUACAACCACCUAAGUAUUCUUUCCGCAGUAUGGAGAAACUAGACUUGUCCUCAUACGCCAAGGACAUUAAACACAAUUAUGACGCUGUUGUUUCCGGCGACAACACUUAUGCUAUCUUUACGACAUUGAAGGACUCCUCCUUAAAGCCUACUGUGUUGGGAGACGGAGACAUUCAAGAGUUUGUUUCCGAGUUUGAGGAAGGUGCAGUUCAGUUUGGUAUCAUUGGAGUCAAUCCGUUUGGAUCCGACGUCAAGAAGCUGUUGCUGCUCGGCUGGUGUCCUGAUUCAGCUCCUAUAAAAUCAAAGGUCUCUUAUGCACAAAACUUGUCCGCCGUUGGGAAGGUCUUACACUACCAUGUUGAAGUCACUGCUAGAGACAGCGAUGACCUAGAUGUGGACGAUCUCCUGAAGACUGUUUCCAAUGCUUCUGGUGCAAGAUACUCAAUCCAGAGUUUGACUCCCCAAAAGUCGGCAUCAUCUUCUUUUAAACAAAAACCGAAGCCUGUGUCUGCAUCUUCUUCUUCUUCUUCUUCCUCUUUUGUCAAACCAAAACCAGCUGUCAGUCCUUCCAUUAUUAAGCCUAAACCUUCACUACCACCUAAAAAGGAAAUCUCUGGGUCCACUAAUGAUUGGGGAGACGAUGGUGAGAUCAAAGAAAGAGAUUUCUCUAAAGAGCCAUUGGAAAACCUACCAUCUGCAUACAAACCAACAAAGGUUGACAUUAACGCAUUGAGAAAUGGGCCCGGCUCCACUACAGAAUCUGAAAUGAAGACCAUUUCAAUCAAUCCAUCAGGUGGCUUGACCUCACUGCCAAAACCAAAACCUUCUCAUUCAGUCUUAUCUAGAUUCAACCAAGAGGUUGUGAAACCAGAAUUUGGCACCAAAACCCCAAGUUUCGGCAGUAACCCUUCGAAGGACAGUAGCAAGUUGGUUGGUGGCUUGAGUAGAAACUUUGGAGCAGAAAAUGGUAAAACCCCUGCACAAUUGUGGGCCGAAAAGAAAGGACAAUACAAAGAAGUGCCAAACAAUGACAAACCAGUCAAUGCAGAAGAUAUUGAAAAAGAGGUUGAUCACGAAGACAUCAGCUUAAAUAGUGCAAAGGCAAAAUUUGAAAAGCUACAUUUGGAAGCUGAGAAGGAAGAAGAGGUUAAAAAGCCUAUAACAAGCUCAAUAUCUUCUUUCCCUCCACCUCCAGCUAGAAAUGAGCCUGUGAAACAAUUUCCUCCCCCACCAUCCAGAGAGGAGGAAGAAGAAGAAGAAGAGGAGAAAGAGGAAACGUCCAAUCCAAAUCUCAUCUCCUCCUUCCCACCUCCUCCAAAAAGAGAUGUUUUUAGUAAAUUUGAAGAAAAGCCUGCUGAGGAUAAGGAAGAUGAUGAUUGGGGAGAUGAUGAUGCAGACAGUGUAAAUGAACAACAUAAGUCUUUUCAACCACCGGCAUCUAGUACCGCACCAGCUCCUCUUCCUGUAAGACCCAUUCCAGCUGCCCCAGUGCAAGAAGAUGAACCAGCAACACUUUUAUCUUCUAGCGCCGGUGGAAAACAUGCUAUUGCAGAGUACGAUUAUGAAAAGGAUGAAGACAACGAAAUUGGUUUCACCGAAGGUGAGAAAAUCGUUAAUAUUGAGUUUGUGGAUGAAGAUUGGUGGCAAGGUACCAACAGUAAAGGUGAAACGGGUUUAUUCCCUGCUUCCUACGUCAAUCUGAUUGAAGCAUCAUCAUCUGCUGCUGCCUCUUCUGAACCUGCUCCACCCACUCUUCCAUCAAGAGAUCAGGCUGUCGAAGAAGCCAAAUCAUCAGGUUUAUCUGCAGUUGCCGAGUACGAUUAUGAUGCCACAGAGGAGAAUGAAUUAACUUUCAAGGAGGGCGAUAUUAUUACAGAUAUUGACAAAGUUGAUGAUGAUUGGUGGUUAGGCAAACUAUGUUACGCUACAAUGAAUGACGGCAUUUGUUUGUGCUUCCUUUCUUGUAAUGCCUCACUUUUACCGCCAAAAUGUUAUGAGUAAUUGUGUUGAAUCUAUUUUUAUUUAUUAUUAUGUUUGAACUUAACUAUUGUGUACUUUUUCUUCAAUUAGAUACAAAAAGUUAUAUAUAUCAUAAGGAAGUAAAUCAAAAUCCCGUGAGAGUUGAAGGAACAUAAUCGUAAAAAAUAUCUUUUAGCAAAAUGAUCAGGACCGACUUGAUUAAUUUGAGUACUGCUUCAUGCUAGUAUCAAUAAGAAAAGAAUAUAAGAAUAAAAAUGGAAUGCUUUC